CGAGUUGCGAGAAAACUCAGGAAGCUCGAGAAGCAGUAUGUUUUGGGGAGAUUUUGUUAGGUUAAAUCUGAGGUAUAGCCGGAUAAUUAGAAUUUAUAUCAGCCAUGCGAUUACAUGAAGUAAAGUAAUAGCAAAUAGCAAAUUUUGCCUAAAUGAAUCUGUACAUUUAAUACCGGAGAAAAUGCUGACCACAAAAUUGAACCUAGCAUUUUCGACGGGUACGGUCAAUAACGCACGUUUGAGCAUCCUUGCCGGUAAAUUGAAUCUUAACCUAUUGGAAACAAAAUCUUAUUCUUGUGUCAGUCAAACGUUUAUUCAUAAUUCACAAUUCAUUUUCAAUAAGAGAUUCGGUGAAUCUUUGAGUAAGUAUACCUCGGGUACGACUCCGAAUAAUUUAUCCGGCACUAGUAAAGCUGGGCAAGCUUUGUUGCACCGGGUAGUAUCAAGAACAUUCGCUUCGGAAAAUUUGCAAGAAAAUGCUGACAUUUUUGGAGACUUGGGCGAUAGAAGGUAUGAAAAAGUUGAAUUGGACAGGGGUGACAAAAAGGAGGAAGAAUUCAUACAGAAUGAAGCAAAACCACCACCUCGUUCAGUUUUGACUCCCGGAAAAUAUGCAGAUUUGAUAAAGCAGCAUAUCGCUUUAGGGGAUUUGGAUAGUGCUGCGAACGUUUUGGACCAAGUGAAAGAUGACCGUAACAAGCCUACGAAUUACAUGUAUAAUUUAUUAAUACGGGCAUUUGCUAUGCGAGGAAAUGUAAAAAAAUGUUUCAGUCUGUAUAAUAACAUGAAAAAACAGGAGUUGAAACCAACUCUAGCCACUUAUGUCAGCUUGCUGAAUUCAUGUGCCAAUUGCAUGAAUAGUGAACUGGCCUUGGAGAAAUUGAUUCAUUUGAGGCAAAUAAUGAUUGAAAAAGGAAUUGAAAUAAAUCCAGUGCACUAUAAUGCAAUGCUAAAGGCCUAUGGUCGUCAUGGAAAGCUUCUCGAAGCAUUUCAACUAGUCGAUGAAAUGUGUGAUAAAAAAAUGACAAUUGGUAUCAGCACAUGUAAUUUUCUGUUACAAGCUUCAAUUUCAGACAAAGAAGCCGGUUUUCGACAUGCUCUUAUUGUUUGGCAUCUUGUGCGUCAUCGUAAAUUAAAACCAGACAUAUAUACGUACAAUCUUCUACUCAGAUCGGCUAGGGACUGCAAACUUGGAAACUUGAAAGCUGAAGAUUUGGUCGCAUUUCCAGAGAUUAAGAAAAAUGAGGCAGCAAUGAUUACCUAUGCGGAUAGGACAAAUUUAUUGGCUCAUCCACCCCAAGUUGGUCAGCAAUUGCCCCUUAUUGAUGCCUCAAACAAUACUGACUUAGUUGCUGAUAGUGAAACUAAAUUAACAUCUAAAUCAGCCAUUUCAAAAACAAGUGAUCCGCUACCAUUGGCUAAUAUACAAAGUUCUUCUUCUCAAAUGAAUUUCCUUCUAUUGGGUGGUAUUGCAAAUUUUAUAAGUCAAAUGGAAAAUGACAAAGUCAAACCAGACAUAAAAACUACAACAUAUCUCAUGGAGCUCGUUCCUGGCAGUGAGUUAGCUGAGAAGACUGUCAUCAAUUAUGCAAAAUCUGCUGGAGUAGAUUUGGAUGUUGACUUUUACAAUUUAUUGAUCAGAAAAAGAAGUUUCAGAUUCGACUAUCAAAAUGCCCUGAAAGUCUUAUCAAUGCUGGAACAGGACAAUCUUGAACCAAAUAUAAUGACAUGGGGCGUACUGGCGUUGACUUGCACCACUCCUUCACAAGCCAGAGAAUUAUUUGAGGGUAUGGAAUUAAGCGGGCACAGGUUGAAUGCACAAAUUAUAGGGGCUAUUCUCAGGCAGGCAGCUCAACGCCUACAAUUUAGUUUAAUCAUAGAACUUAUGCAAAAGAUGCAGUCUGAGAAAAUAAUCCCCAGUCCCAAAAUAUAUGAGAUAUUAGAUUUACUCAACAAGAAAGCAGCUAAAAUGUUCAGAGCUAAGGAUGAUGACAAUAAUGUGAACAAAUCAUUGAAGUAUGGAUAUCAGAACUUUAAACGUGUAUAUCCUCAAUGGCUCAAGGAAAUGAAGGUUGCUUCAUCGGAUAGAAAAAAGAAAGUGUUCGAUUUUACUUCUCAUUAAACAGUAAAACAAAUGUGAUGGAAAUAAUAUGUACAUAUUUACUUACAAAUCUAAUGAAUAAGAUGAGAGGAAUAUACUGCAUAUUUGUUUUUACAAUACUUAGAAAUAAAUUGGUCAGAUAGAGCACUAGGGUUAAAAGUAACAAUUACCGAUGAACUGUAUUUAGAUAACAUGAGCGAAAUAUUACAAGUCGGUGAUUCACAAGAUUACAUCAUUAUUUUGGCGAUAUGACAGCCAAAGCAUUCACUAUGCCAUAGAAAAAUAGAUUGCCGUGUUUCUGCAAUGUCUCUAGUAUGACAAUAGCAAGUCUGAAAAUAAUUAGCGAAGGUAUGGUGGCCGGGUUUCAGGUAACCACGGUCUGCCUCUGCCUCCUGAUCCAACCAUAACACCUCUAGAAGGACAUGGACCACGAAUACUAAUUUUGUUGUAGCCUGUAGGUCCUGUGGGCUGCGCUCCACAAGUCUCUAAGGCAACAAAGUCAUCUACGUGGAGAGAAGGUGGUCUUGAAGUAUUGGGUGGUCUUGAACGGAACGGAUCUGCACCACGUCCAACCCCACCAGCUGCUGGCCCUCCUCUCAUAGAAUUUGUAAAUUGAGCUCUUCCUCGCAUUGGUGUCACUAAACGAAGUAAGAAAAUUUCACGCAUUUAUUAUUAAUUAUUACUAAACAAUAACUUUUUUUAGAUGCAUAUUGUAAAACAAAAAUUGUCUUACCAAAUGGCUGCUUUGUUUUAGCAGUGGAAGUGCUGGAUUUUUGCGGAUCUCGAUUAUCUUGAUUGUCUAUUUGAGCUUUUGGUUGUACAGAUUGAUUCGUGUCAUUAGGUGGUGCCUUGGUACACAAACGUUGUGUUUCAGAUAGUAAGUUAAAAUCAGCUGGUAACAGCUCAGU